AUGGUUAAAAAAGUAUUUGAGGCACCUUAUUCAGUAGAAGCUAUAGGCUACCAAAAAAGAGAGGGUGAGACAGCUGUUUAUAGACAUUUCAUGUUUGCUGAUAAACUAUUGGCCCAUCCUCCUGAUAUCUUUACAAUGUGGCAAAUGUAUCUUCAUGGAUAUAAUAGGAGUAGCAUAGACAGACCAUUUUUAGGUACUCGUCGAAUAGAAGAUGGUGUAUAUAAAGAAUAUGAAUGGGAAACACAUCGUCAAGUUAAAGAUCAUAUUGAAAAUUUCGGUAAAGGCCUUUUACGCUUAGGCUUAGAAAGACAAAAUACAUUAGGAGUUUAUAGUAUUAAUCGCCGUGAAUGGACGAUUACUGAGAUAGCAUGUUAUCGCCAAGCAUUUAUUAUUGUCGCUCUUUACGAUACAUUAGGCCCUGAGGCUAUGGAACAUAUUAUUAACGAAACUGAAAUGCAAUAUAUCGUUGUUAGUAAAGAUAAAAUCAAAAAUAUCUUGGAUAUUAAAGACAAAAUUCCUACUGUUAAACAUAUUAUUUCAAUGGACGAGGAUAUUGAGCCUUCUCUCUUGGAACAGGCAAAACAAUUAGAUUUUCAUAUUUAUACAUUUCAACAAAUUGAACAAUUAGGUGAGGGAGUAAAGGAAGAAUCAGACAUGCCUAAAGUAGAAGAUAUUGCCACUAUCUGUUAUACAAGUGGUACUACAGGUGUUCCUAAAGGUGCUGUCAUUACACAAGCCAAUUGUGUUGCUUCAAUUUAUGGUGUAUCUCAUACAAGUGAAAUGGGUACCUUAGGCCAUAUUGAUGAAACAGAUGUUUAUAUCUCUUAUUUACCUAUGGCUCAUGUAUUUGAACGUGUUGCUCAAAGUUUUUUUAUCUAUAUGGGUUGCUCUAUUGGAUAUUAUCAUGGUGAUACAUUAAGUUUAUUAGAUGACAUUGUAGCUCUUAAACCUACCAUCUUUCUUUCUGUUCCUCGUCUCUUUAAUCGUAUUUAUGAUAAGGUAAUGGCAGGAGUAAAUGCUAAAGGGGGUAUUACCAAGUACCUUUUUGAUAUGGCCUAUAAUGCCAAAAAGGCUAAUUUGGAAAACUCAGUAGAACAUUGGCUUUACGAUCGUUUAGUGUUCAGUAAGAUACGUGAUGUUUUGGGUGGUCGAGUUCGGUUUAUUUUAAGUGGUUCAGCUCCUAUUGCUCCUGAAGUACUGGAUUUCUUAAAAAUUUGUUUCUCAUCCUGUGUCCACGAAGGCUAUGGUCAAACUGAAAACUAUUGCGGUGGUGCAUUGACUAUUUUGGGUGAUAAUACCCCUAGUGUCGUUGGUGCACCUUUCCCUUGUUCAGAAAUUAAACUGAUCGAUGUACCUGAAAUGAACUAUUUCUCUACCGAUCAUCCUUACCCUCGUGGAGAAAUCUGUAUUCGUGGAAACUCAAUUAUGAAAGAAUACUACAAGAAUCCAGAAAAGACGGCGGAAGCAAUUGAUGCUGAAGGCUGGUUACAUACAGGCGAUAUUGGUAUGUUGGAUGAUGCUAACCGUUUAGCUAUCAUUGAUCGAGUCAAAAACAUCUUUAAGCUCUCUCAGGGUGAAUACAUUGCUCCAGAAAAAAUUGAAUCCAUCUAUCAAAAGCAUCAUUUAAUUGCUCAGGCCUUUGUCUAUGGUGACUCAAAACAAAGUCAAUUAGUAGGUAUCUUUGUACCUGAUAAGGAAACUCUUCUACCAUGGGCAGCAAAUCAACAAGCUGACUUUAUAAACAAGACCUAUGAAGAACUAUGUGCAUCACCCAAUAUGACAGAAGCUAUUUUGAAAGAAAUUAAUACAUUUGGUAAAGAAAGCCAGUUAAAGGGAUUUGAACAAGUUAAAGCUCUUUAUCUCACUCCUCAUGAAUUCUCUAUCAAGAAUGAGCUUCUGACGCCUACCUUUAAAUUGAAACGUGAAGUUGUACGCAAUCUUUAUUUUGAGAAAAUUACCGAAAUGUAUCAAGUUUUAUCGAAUGGUAGAUCUUUUAAUUAG